GUAAUGCAGAGUAACCGUGGUUAAGAAAACGGUUAUAGCGAACCGGGUUUAGUUAGGAGGGAUUUAGGGCAACUGGCGAUUACAUUCAAUUUUUAACAAUUGUGCAGCCCUUUGUUAUCUUCUCGGCAUACGCUACAGAAGAACAACAAAAUAAGUGCUAAAUUUGCCUAAAAUUUGGAAACCCUAAUCGGUUGUUAUUCGGUCUGUUUAGAAUCAUUGGGCUGGCGAACGAGUCGCGGGGAAGGGGAAAUCUCAGAGUUUCUUCUACUUCUUCUUCGUCUUCUCUGGGCGUUGGGCGUGGGCGUGGGCGUGGGCGUGGGCGGGCAGCGCUUGCAAAUAUGUAUUCUAGAGGGGCCAUGUUGGGAGGCGGGGGUAUGUCCGACGGGUACGAGGUCAGCACAAAGAGACAACGGAUGAUAGAUCCUGAUCCAUACUUCGCUGGGGGUCCUGGUGCAUUUGGGCCUUACACUUACGGUACAGGAAUGCCUUAUCUUGGUCAGCCACGAUCUUUUCCUGUGGUUCGUCUGCGAGGUCUUCCUUUCAAUUGCAGUGAGAGUGAUGUGUUCGAGUUCUUUGCCGGACUGGAUGUUGUUGAUGUAUUGUUAGUGCACAAGCAGGGACGGUUCUCUGGUGAGGCAUAUGUCGUGUUGGGAGCUCCAAUGCAAGUUGACUUUGCUCUUCAGAGGGAUAGGCAGAAUAUGGGUAGGCGGUAUGUUGAAGUUUUCCGAUGCAAGAAGCAGGAUUACUAUAAUGCCAUUGCAAAUGAAGUGAAUGAACCCAAGGCGGAUGAUGCUGCUCCUCCUCCUCCCUCUAAUUAUUCAAAGGGAUCAACAGACAAGGACCACAUGGAACACAGUGGAAUUUUGAAGCUCAGAGGACUUCCUUUUUCAGUAACAAAAAGGGACAUCAUUGACUUUUUUGGAGAUUAUGAUCUUUCUGAAUCAAAUAUCCAUAUAGUAACAAAUUCAGAUGGAAGGGCAACAGGUGAGGCAUUUGUGGAAUUUUCUAGCACUGAUGAUUCCAAAGCUGCCAUGAGCAAAGAUAAAAUGACAAUUGGCAGCAGGUAUGUGGAGCUUUUCCCAUCAACCCGUGAGGAAGCCAGUCGUGCGGCAUCACGAUCGAGGCAUUAACUCGCCUCUUUUGCUAAGCUGUGUCCACUGUCAAAGGGACACCAAUGAUAUUUUUAAUCCUGUUUAGAAGUUACCUUUCUUUUUGCAUAGAUAGUUGAAUAUCCAUCAAUAGGUUUUGAUAUUCAAGAUAGUCUCGAGGCAAGUAGCAUUUCAAAUUCAGACUUGAGGUACAUAUACUUCAGAUAUAUUUUUAUUCUGACAUUUAUAUAGAUGCAUGCUUUUAAUAGUCUGCUUAACUUUCUGUAUUACAAAAACAAUCGUGCUGUAAUAUGCGAUUUGGGCUUUUUGCUUUUCUUA